CAGGUAAAGAACUAAUGAAGAAAUGGAAAACGCUCCGAGACAAUUUUGUAAGAGAUUUUCGACUUAUUAAGAAAAAUGAAACAGGAGUGCCUGGGAACAAGAAGAAGAAAUAUGUCUAUUUCGACCAAUUGUCUUUCUUAAUUCCACACAUAAAAGGAUGCGAAAACACAGUUUCCAACAUCGCUCCACCAGAUGAGCAGGCAAAUGUACCAGAUGAACAUCUUACUGAAACGGAGAAAGAAUCUACAGAACCCCUCCCUCAUGUCCCUGGAACGAGAACGAAGGAGCGAGAACGCCUCCAGGAUAGAGUCAGGAAGAGGAAGAGACCUGCUGUAAGUACCGCAUUAGGUUCAGCGACUAACAGCAUCAUGCAAGAAAAUAUUCAACUACAAAAGGCUGGUUUGGAACGGCAAGAGCAUGACAAGUUCGGAAACAAGGCUUUCAUGUUAUCCUUUGUCCCAACAAUGGACAAUUUUCCACAACUCUUGGCGUUUGAUGUGAGAAUGCAAAUAACCGAGGUAUUUAGAAAUGCUUUGGAAAAUGCAUCUUAUACGUACUUACCCUACCAACAACAACAAGGUCCUCGUCAAAACUCUGGAGCAUCUUCUCCCUCUACUUGGGUAUCAUUGGGUCAACCGCAAUCUAAUGAUCCUGGCCUUGAUCGUGAGGCACCACUGCCUGGAUAUAACAAUGAGGAGGACGAAGAUGAUGAGGAUAACUCAAGUUAGCUAGGUCAACAAAAUUGUAAUUUUUUUGAUUGGGGAGCAAUUGUUUGGGAUUUUUGCGUAUUUUCCCAUAUUGUUGUAAAUAAAUAAGUUGUCGACGUCAAAGGUUCAAUAGCCUUUUAUUUGUAUCGAAAUGUUUUCAUUAGUCACAGGAAUCGAUUAAAAACCUAAAGGCUACUGAUA